AUGCAACGUAGCAACGAACUGAUCAGUACAGUCUCCUCCUCUUACUCCUCUUUCCAAUUCUAUUACCGUUUUCUCUCUUUCUACUCAUACCUCUUCUCUUUUCUUUCCUUCUUUCCUCCUACUCUUUGUUUUACCGUCUCUUUUUCAUUCUUUUUAUCUUUGCCUCCUCCUUCUAUUCCCGUUUCCUCUCUCCCCUUCUCCUACUCAUCUUUUCCUUCCUCUUCUAUUUCUUUGUCACUAUCUCUCCUCCUACUGCUCACCGCCCUUUUCUACUUCUUUUUUUUCAUUCUGUCCUCCUCCUCUUCCUCCUUCCACUUUUAUUUCUUUUUAUCUUCUCUCCUAUUCUUUCAUUUAUUUCCUCCUCCUUAUUUCCUAUUAAUGUCGUCCGUCAAGUCCCUAUUUAAAAUAAUUCCUCUUCUAUUUACUUUUUCUUCUUCCAACAUCGUAUUUUAUUUCCUUUUUCAUUUCUCCUCUUACUCCUUGCCUUACGUCCUCCUCCUUCUGUUUUUCAUUUCUCCUCUUACUCCUUGCCUUACGUCCACCUCCUUCUGUUUCUCAUUUCUCCUCUCCUCCUACUCCGACUCCAUUUAA